AGCGCCUGCCCGCUUCCUGCCAGCGCGGGGAGGGGGAAAUAUAAACAGCAGCCUCUGGAGUACAGUUGGGAUGCUGCCUGGGACAGGCUGCGCCGGGAGCAGCGCUCACGGCUGAAAGUCGAAGAUGGCAGAUCCUGAAUGCACAGUCAUAAACACUGAUGUGAAACAGAAAGAUCUCAGUGAGGCACUCGUCAUUGCAGUGACCACCAGGGCCAUCUUCAGCCUGGAGGAGGAGCACAAGCUCUACCUAGAGAAGGGCAAGGAGGAGUACACAAGGCACCAGCAGGCCAACCAGGACAAGCCCCUGCCACCAGGCACAGCCUUUGCCUUCAUCCAGGCAGUGCAGCAUGUGAACAAGAAGAUCCUGGAGAGCAACCCAGCAGAGAAGGACCUCUUCGAUAUCCUGGUGCUCUCGAACAACAGCCCUGAGAGUGGUGUGCGCAUCAUCAACAGUGCCAAGCACUAUGGCCUGGAAAUCUCCAAGUUCUGCUUCGUCAGCAAUGAAGACUCUACGCAAUACCUGAAGUCCCAUGGAGUCAAGCUCUUUCUCUCAGCUGACAGGACAGAUGUCUGCAAUGCCCUCCAGAGAGGUGUCUCAGCAGCACUCGUCUUCCAGCAGGAGGUGCAGGCCCCCAGCACCCCGCUCCGUGUGGUGUUUGAUGGGGAUGCCGUGCUCUUCUCCAACGAGACAGACCAGAUCUUCCAAGAGCAGGGACUGGAGGAGGCAGUGCAGUAUGAGCAAGCGAUGGAGGAUGUGCCUAUGGGAGAGGGUCCCCUGAAGGCUUUUGCCAUGCACCUUGGGAAGAUACGCAAGAAAUUCAGCCAGGAAAAAUCCCCCAUCCGCACCUACCUGGUGACUGCCCGCAGCGGCCGGGACAUGGGCAUCCGAGCCAUCAAGACACUCCGGGAAUGGGGUCUGGAAAUCGAUGAGGCUUUCUUCAUGGACGGAGCUCCCAAGGGCCCCAUCCUCGCCCAGAUCCAGCCCCACAUUUUCUUUGACGAUGGGCUGCAUAACAUCCAGGGAGCUCGGAAUGUGGGUGUACCCUCUGCCUGGGUCCCCUCCUGCCGCUGAUGGGCUGCAUGCCAGCUGCCCUCCUUCCCAGCAGCACAGGGGACUGGGCCAAUUGAAGACAAACCUUCUGGGAUGGAGAGGGAAGGAUUUCCUAACCUGCACCAAGCAAGCCUCAGGGAAAGGAGUAAGAGCAUUGCAUGAGAGCAUGGACUACCAGGCGAGACUUGGUGCUCAUUUCUGCUCUUCUUAUGAGGUCCUUGAGGUCUCAGGAUAAAGCCAAAAGAUGCAACUACUCCACAAAGGAAGGACACUUUUACUGUGACACUGAGAACUACCACUUACCUGCCCUGUAGGAUCUGGGGACUUUUCUGUAAAGAAAUAAAUGAACCUAUUGUCCCACACAUGAGCUAAAAGAAAUACAAAACCAAGCACUAAAAUCGUUAGCUUUAUCUGUGCACAGACAGUCUUCAAGAUUUAUUUCCAGGACCUCUGCCCAAAGGAAGCCUUCGAGACCCUACCUUCCCCAAGGUGCUCAACUUGGUUUAGUGAAGAAGCUGAUAUGCUGGUAAGUUCUUCAGGCAGCUCCAGCCAAACUCAGCAGAGGGGAAAAGACUCCAAAGCUCUAAAAGACCUAUGAACCUUUUAGAAACAGGUAACCAGGUUGAAGAAAGCCCAGCUAUUCCCCCUUAUAUAUAAGAUUACAGCGUAAGUCACCUUUCCUUCAGCAUGCAGGCUUCUCACAGAGUGCCGUUAGGUGACCCACACCUGCAGGACACGCAGCUUACAGAGCUGCAGCAGAACGGGACAAGGCUGCAACCCAGCUCUGAGGUACAUCCAAGAGACACAGCUGCACAUAGCUCUGAUGCUCCACCAGGAGAGGGCACUGGAGCUGAGCUGCCUACAGCACAAGCCAUGCAGAGCCAGGGCUGCAAGGGCCAAAGCAGAACUAGAUCCUGGGCUUGAGCUUAAAUGGAUCUCCAGGGCCAUGGGUGGGGGUCUCAGUCAGGCUGCUCAGGGCAGAUGGGGUCCCUGGGUGUGUUCAGGACCCUGCCCAGCACCAAGGCAGUGCCCUGGUGCAGGGAUGCCUCUCUGGCAAUGCAGACCAUGCUCCUAAUUGUCCUGGGGAGCAAGCAGCCCCUCAGGAUUCGUCGGCAGGUUUCUUUCUCCAGUGCUGGAUGUGAGUGGUUGCCACUAGAGGCCACUGUGCUGCCUGGGUGCAUGGCACCCCAAACCCUGUGAGCUCCCCAGAACAGCCUGGUAAAAGCACACAAACUCAGGGCAGUGUGCAUCCUGAGUGGCAGCGGAAUUAUGGACAGGGCAGAUAAAUGACAGUAGCUUACUUUUUUAAAUCUCAGUUUAAUCACAAAGAGGGGUAGUAUGGCUUCACAGGUGUCACUCACCAAUGCUUUCCCUCCCCAGAAAAUAAACAAAUGAGCACCACCAUGCAAGCACUUGUCUGUCACACCCCAUGUUCAGCAGUGUGGGAGGAGGGCUGGGAUAACUCACUGCUCCUCUGCAGACACUGUUCUUUUAUCUGGUCUUAUACGCACACAUCAGAAUGGGUUACAUGCCUGAGAAAUCUUCAGUGGGCUUUGGAUUAGGCCCCAGAACACCUUCUUGCAUCCAUGUCCCCAAGCCCACUCCUGCUUCCCCAGACUUGGGGGCUCUGCACUUCUCAUGCUAGCAAAGGGAGUUGCUGGCCCCACUGUGCUACCAUGGCCACCAUGCAGGUCCAAACUCAGGAAUGCUGUGGCAUAGCAGAGAUGCCUGUAUGCAGGGCUUUCGCAGGAAGCCACCUCCAAAGACAAAGCCCAGCAGGGUCUUGGCACUGCCAGUCUGGCCCCUGGCCGUUUUGCUUAAUCCAGAUGCUGAAAUGUUUUGAGGUAGCAACAUCAACAACAUCAGCUACUCAUCAUUGACUAAUAACACUAAGCAUCUGUCAGCCACAAUUGCUGAGGAAACAUUAAUUAUGGGAUGCUCAACAUGUCUGGUGAGCAGGUACAGCUGUUCAUCCCACUUUUAUGCAGGCCAGAUACCACCCAGCUUGGUGCGGGGAUCCAAGCACCCACCUCCAGCCCCUCUCACUGCAUGGCUGGCUGCUGCGGUGGCAGCUGGUGGUGGGGACAAGGAUCUAGUGAUGGAUCACCCUCUGCCACUCCGGCCAUCACCUUGGCCACUGCCUGGACAGUGCCAGCAGGAACUUGGCCAGAUGCCUUGGGUGAGAGGGAAUUAUCUAAGUCAGGGGUAGUGGGGACAGGCCCACGUGAGCCAUUGCAGGGUGCAAGUUGCUGAGGCAGGGGGUAGGUGCCACGUGCCUUCCUCUAGCACUGUCAGCACAGCAGGGGAUGACAAAGCAAAAUGUGCCCAAAAUGGGAAAAAGGAAGGAAACUCAAGGUUCAUGGGAUUGCAUCAUAUCAGGCCAAGUGCAACUUCUUCCAGCCAUGGCUCAAACAUAUAGCAUCAAAACUGACUUACUGCUCUGCUCCAAAGAUGUGGCAUCAAAAACUGCUCUUUUCUGCCCUGCUCCAAAGAUGGAGCAUCAAAAACACCUUCCAGCAAGUACUGCUGCAGCUUCACUUCCUGUUGUAAGGGUAAACUUGUUGUUUCUGUCUUAGAGGCAUCUGCAAUAAGCUCUUUAAUGCUUGGGGUGCUACUCAAGUGUUGGCUUUCCAGAGGAUUUUAAUCUUUCCUCCUUCAAGGGGUUGCUGGUACCCAGCAUUUUCCUGCAGCUGCUGCAGUUUGAAGGGGGGUUCGCUACUGGGGCUGGUUGCGGGAUGCUUCUUUGAUACCCUUUGAUCUCAUGUUUUUGGGGCCAGGGCAAGGCAGGAACGGAUCAUACCACCAUGCCACUCACAAGGACAGGCUCUCUUUGAGCCCUGCCUUUUCACUCUGGGAAAACAAAUUCAGAAAUGCAAAGGGGAUUCCGAGGACCUGCACUUGAUUCUGGCCAUUGCUGUCCAGAAACCAUGUGUGACACCAGCCAGAGCUGCCUGGUGUUGGCGUCCCCCCUUGGCACUGACUGCUGGGGACACCUUCCCAGUGCCGGGAACUCCACUCUGCUGCAGGCACUAAGCCCAGCCCUGCCCGUGGUGCCGAACAAGUGGCCCUUGUUUUGGAGGGGAGCGCGUGACCUCAGGGAUCAGAGCCUGCAGCCGGAUGGCCCUAAGGAGUUUGCAGGAGACCUUUGCCCAGGAGCAUGCCCUUAAUCCCCCACACACAGCACCUGUCAAUUUAGAG